AUGUGCAGACUGAAGCACAUCCAAAAUGUUUCUCAGCAUGAUAACGCAGAUGUAUAUAGUGAAUCUGAUGAUGAAUUCUUCGUGAAUUCCAUAAAUGUUCAAAAAACUAAAAGUGUGUGCUCAACAUCGUCUACAAAAGAGUGGACUAAAACUAUAAUUGUUGAAGGGACAACUGUGACUUUUAAGUUGGACACAGGGUCUGAAGUGAAUGUUUUGCCUGUGAAAACUUACGAAACACUGAGUGCUAAGAACUCUAAUCUUAUUUUAAACAAGUGUAAUGUUGUAUUAGAAGCAUUUGGGGGGUCCAAGGUUAAACCUGAUGGGUCAUUAAUGUUACAAUGUUCCUCAGAUGGUGUGGAUCAUACUCUAGAGUUUUUAAUUGUUUCUAGCAAGCAUAUACGUCCAUUAUUAGGAAUUGAUGCAUGUGUUAAACUUAAUUUAAUUCAGUUUAUAAAUAAGGUUGGAAUAUCAAUUAAAGGUAAGUUGGAUCAGUAUACAAUUGUUUUACCUCCAUCUAAAGAUCAAUUUAUUAUUAAUAAUUCAGAAGUGUUUGAAGGUGUGGGGAAAUUUAAUGGAUUGUGUAAAAUCAUGGUUGAUGAUCAGAUAGCUCCUGUAGUGAGACCACCACGUAGAGUACCACUUAGUUUAAAACCUAAACUUGAAUUAAAAUUAAGCGAAUUAGAGAGACAGGGCAUUAUUGCAAAAGUUGAUCAACCUUUGAACUGGGUUAGCAAUCUAGUAAUAAUUGAAAAAGCUAAUGGAUCCUUAAGAAUAUGCCUUGAUCCUCAAGAUCUUAACAAAGCUAUAAAAAGAGAACAUGUGUUGAUUCCAACAAUUGAGGAGAUUUUACCAAAGCUAUGUAAUAAAUCAAUUUACUCUGUUUUGGACUUAAAGGAUGGGUUUUUUCAAAUAGCGUUAGAUGGAAAUAGUAGUGAUCUUUGUACUUUUAGCACACCAUUUGGAUGCUAUAAAUUCUUAAGGCUUCCAAUGGGUAUUUCCUGUGCACCUGAAAUUUUUCAGAAACGCAAUCUUGAAAACUUUGGCGAUAUACCAGGAGUAUUGGUCUAUUUUGAUGACAUUCUCAUUGCUGCUAGCACUAUACAAGAACAUGAUAAAAAUUUUAACAGAGGCAUGCGACCUGAUCCUGAUCGAAUUAAAGCCAUUACUGAGUUACAGGAACCUCAGAAUAAGCAUGAAUUACAGCGUGUUUUGGGAAUGUGUAAUUAUUUGAGGAAAUUUGUACCACAUUUUUCAGAGAAAACAGCCAUAUUAAGGGAACUUUUGAAAAACAAAGUAGAAUGGCAGUGGUUACAGCUACAUUCUAAAGCAUUCAGGAAAAAAAAAAAAUUAAUUUCCAAUGCACCUGUGUUAGGAAUAUUUGAUAGCAGUAAACCUAUAACUAUACAGGCAGAUAGUUCUAAAGAUGGGUUCAGGCCUCAAACAGUAAAAGAACCUCUUGUUUCUCAUGAAAUUCCCAGUUUACCUUGUGAAAAGGUUGGUGCUGAUAUCUGUGAUUGGAAAAUGAAGAGUUUCGCAAGGGAUUGGGGAUUUGAAAUAAUCACUAGCAGUCCUCGAUAUCCUAAAUCUAAUGGAUUUGCAGAAAGGUUGGUAGGUAUAGCUAAGAGUUUAUUUAGAAAAGCAGGAUUAGAGAAAUUAAAUGAGGCUUUACUGGAAUAUAGAAAUACUCCAAUUUCAGGUAUAAAUUUAUCACCAAGUCAAAUGCUAUUAAGUAGGAAUUUAAGAACACGAUUACCAAUUACACAAACAGAAUUGAAACCAACUGUAAAAGAUCAAUAUAGAGAAAAG